AUGUUACCAUUGUCAGAGAAUUUAAUAGUAACAGCACUGAUAGAUUUUAGGUACUUGGGAAAUACAAUCCAGAGUGAAGGAGGAAGUGAAAAAACUGUGAGAGAUAGAAUGCAGGCGGGUUGGGAGGGGGAAUACAAUGAAGUGGCCAAGGUCACCUGUCACAAAAAUUUACCAAAGGCUCUGAAAGCCAAAGUGUAUAAGACCGUAACUACACCGGUGCUAUUUUGCGGAGCCUUGACCUGGAUCUUGAAGAAGAAAGGAGAAGGCUUGUUGAUAAGAACAGAAAUGAGGAUGCUGAGAUGGCUUAUGGGAGUGUCUCUGAAAGAGAAGAGAACGAAUAAGGAAGUUAAUGAAAUGGGAGGAGUCUGUAAAAUCGAGGAAAAGGCAAGAGAAGCAAGACUAAGGUGGUGUGACAUGAAGAGAAGAGUAGAAAACAAGCAAUAA